GCUGCCCGGAAGUCAUCGCUUUGAAAGAUUUCAUCCGUCGUCCGUAGUUAGUUUGAUAAAACACGCAGCCUACGGAUAUUAAAAUAACGUUGUACAUCAAACAAAAACCCAACGAACCUCAAAGAUGGCUCAGGACAAUAUCUUCCUCUUCGUUCCCAAUUUGAUUGGUUAUGCCCGGGUUGUGUUGGCCCUGAUUUCCUUCUACCUGAUGCCCUGCUGUCCUUGGCCUGCUGUCUUCUGCUACCUUCUCAGUGCCCUGCUGGAUGCGUUUGAUGGUCAUGCUGCACGAGCGCUCAAUCAGUCCUCAAAGUUCGGAGCCAUGUUGGACAUGCUGACAGACCGUUGUGCCACCAUGUGCCUGUUGGUGAACCUCUCUCUGCUCUACCCAUCCUACACCUUCCUGUUCCAGCUCAGCAUGUGUCUCGACAUCGCCAGCCACUGGCUGCACCUGCACAGCUCAACAAUGAAAGGAUCAGGCAGUCACAAGACCAUAGACCUUUCUGGCAACCCGAUUCUCCAUAUCUACUACACAUCCAAGCCGGUGCUGUUUGUGAUGUGUGCUGGGAAUGAGCUCUUCUUCUGUCUGCUUUACGUCCUCUAUCAUGUGGAGGAACCUGCUGCCUGGCUUUACUGGCUUCAGGCGCUCUGCGGGAUCAUCAGCAUGAUCAAGGCAGGCAUAAGCGUCGUGCACCUCAUCACGGCCUCCCAAAACAUAGCCGCCAUUGAUGUCGCCGAGCGUGAGCAAAGCAGGAAGACGCACGACAACCAGACCAAAAAAGCCCUGAAGGUUUCCGUGUAUGCAGACGACACAGGGGCCAUCGAGCUCUCCACUCAUCACCCUCCAGUCGCCUCCUAUAAGAAUAUGGCUCAGGACAAUAUCUUCCUCUACGUUCCCAAUUUGAUUGGUUAUGCCCGGGUUGUGUUGGCCCUGAUUUCCUUCUACCUGAUGCCCUGCUGUCCUUGGCCUGCUGUCUUCUGCUACCUUCUCAGUGUCCUGCUGGAUGAGUUUGAUGGUCAUGCUGCACGAGCGCUCAAUCAGUGCUCAAAGUUCGGAGCCAUGUUGGACAUGCUGACAGACCGUUGUGCCACCAUGGGCCUGUUGGUGAACCUCUCUCUGCUCUACCCAUCCUACACCUUCCUGUUCCAGCUCAGCAUGUGUCUCGACAUCGCCAGCCACUGGCUGCACAUGCACAGCUCAACAAUGAGAGGAUCAGGCAGUCACAAGACCAUAGACCUUUCUGGCAACCCGAUUCUCCAUAUCUACUACACAUCCAGGCCGGUGCUGUCUGUGAUGUGUGCUGGGAAUGAGCUCUUCUUCUGUCUGCUUUACAUCCUCUAUCAUGUGGAGGAACCUGCUGCCUGGCUUUACUGGCUUCAGGCGCUCUGCGGGAUCAUCAGCAUGAUCAAGACAGGCAUAAGCGUCGUGCAACUUAUCACGGCCUCCCAAAACAUAGCCGCCAUUGAUGUCGCCGAGCGAGAGCAAAGCAGGAAGAUGCAGUGAGAGAAGCAAAGCCUUCAGCUACAGAUCGCCAUUGUUUAUUAUUUUAUAGCUUCGUGUGAACUUGAAUAAUGUGGCUUAAAUAAGAUGUGAGGCAAAGCCAAACAUCAGCAAGAAAGAAGACGAGUUUAAUGACCAAAUAUGACAUAAAAUUCCAAACACAGACAGGUGUGAGUCUAAAAGAUGGAUCCUUUAGAGUGACAAAGCUUCUACAGAAUAUUUUUUUCUGCUCUGUCAUAGUCAUAAGUCAUAAGCACACCAAGUAUUAUCAUUUAUGGUUUGUUGAACAUAUUAGUGUCACUGACCUAGGGCUGGGCGAUAUAUCGAGUGUACUCAAUGUAUCGCGGCUGUUACAAUGCACGAUGUAUAAAAUGGCUUUAUCGCAAACAUCGAGCAUAAAUUACAUGGAAGUUUUGAGUCGUCAGCAUGCAUUUCUUGCUGGAGUUUCACUUCUCCCAUUGUCCCUGAAUGCAUCUUUCACAGC